AUGAUAGCCGGUACUACUACUGUUGGUGGUGGUAAUCAAGGAGUAGGCAUAAAGUCAGAGAGUAUACGACUAUCAGCAUUUCUUUUAGAUUGCCUUGCAGUUGGUUGUUUAAAGGGAUUUAAACGUUUUGAGUUAUAUUUAAGAGGUAGAGAAGAACUUUUAUUAAGGGUUUAUAUAGUUCAUCAGAGUACUAAUGGUAGUAGCAUUGUUGAUGGAAAUGAAAAAACAAGUUCUACAAUAUAUGAAAGUAGCAGAAUAAAAUAUAAUUCUUUGUCACUUGCAAAAUCACAUCGUGAUGCAUUAUUUUCACCAAAAACACCUGAUAUACUUAAUUUAAUAUCAUCACCAUCCAGUCCACUAGAUAAUGAUCUAUCAAAAGAUGAAUCAAAUAUUGUAUUUCUUAUAGCUGGAUAUGCUAGAUACAAAUAUAUAAAAUUAUGGGACAUUAUAGAAGAAGUUAUAACAUUAAGUCUUAAUAUAGCACCAGAAAAUCCAUUUGAAAUAAAUCAUUCAUAUUAUGAUACAUUGCCAGUUGAAGAGUGUGCUGUUAGUACUGGUGCAAUGAUUGAUUUCUUACAAAAAGUAUACCUCAAAGACACAAAUUAUGCUAAUAAAGUGUUUGAAGAUAUUAAAUUACUUCAACAGAGACAUUUUGCAGCAUUUGACGAAAUGAAUGAUGCAUUAAAUGAUAACACACUAGAAAAAUCAAAUCCUUCUUCUGAAAGUUCAAAUAUAACAAAUUAA